UGAACACUGAGAGGCUGCCAGUUUCUUCAAAUAGAUCAAAGCAAUCAAUAAAAACUGCAAUAAUAGCAACAAUGUCAACAGGUAUGCUGAUACAGAGCAGCUUCAGCUGGUCAAUAAAAUGGUGUUAAUACGGAGUUACAUGAAGGAACAGAUCAAUGAAAGGCGCUUACUGUUCCGAGUCUACAGAGACGCACUGGAACAUAACUGGACAUCUGUGUCAAACUCUUGCAGUCAAAGCCUGAAAACAGCAGCGAUGCCUCUUCGGGGCGUGUCUCAGAGCAUCAUGAGGGCUCGUCAAAAGAAAGGUGGUUGUGGGACCAUCAAAAACCCAGAGACUUUUGCCCAGCAGAACUACCAGCAGCUGAAGGAGUACUUCCUAAUCAAAAACAUGAGAUUCAUCGAUGACACGUUCCCACCGGACAACACCUCCAUUGGGGUGGGGAAACUGGACCCGGCAGACCUGGCCCAGGUGGAGUGGCUGAGACCGGCGAAAAUUGUGACCAAUCCCUUCUUUGUGCUUGACGGUGUCUCCAGGUUUGACUUUGGUCAAGGAAAAGUUGGAAACUGCUGGUUUCUUGCAUCUCUUGGAUCUCUGACAUUCCACAAAGAGAUCUUCGAGAUGGUUGUUCCUCUGGAACAGCCAAUCAGUGGAAAGGACUACUGUGGACUGUUUCAUUUUAGGUUCUGGAGAUUUGGGAAAUGGGUGGAUGUGGUAAUAGAUGACAAGCUGCCAACUAUCAAAGGGAAAACCAUCUUUGCCCGUUCCAAAGACGAGUGUGAGUUCUGGCCCGCUUUGCUUGAGAAGGCCUACGCCAAGGUCUGUGGAUCCUAUGCCGACAUGAGUUCUGGUACUCCAGCAGAGGCCAUGAGGGACUUCACCGGUGGGGUCCACAUGUGUAUCCCACUGUCAGAACCUUCUGCAGAUCUCUGGAAGCUGCUGUGCAGAGCGGCCCUCGCCAAGACAUUCAUGAGCUGUAGCACAAUACCAAAAGAGGACGACACCACUGGCCCCACGUUUUCAAACGGACUGGUCCCGGGGCAUGCCUAUACUGUGACGGGCCUGAAAGAGCUCAUGAGCCAAGGGAAAGCUGUCCGACUGGUGCGUCUCUGGAACCCCUGGGGAUAUGGAGAGUGGACCGGAGACUGGAGUGACCUGUCUCCUCUGUGGCAAACUGUGAGUACACAUGAUCGUGAGAAGUGCCUCUCUGUGGAAAAUGAUGGCGAGUUCUGGAUGAACAUAGAAGAUUGCUGUAAAUAUUACACCAGCAUUUCCGUCUGUGGUCUGAGUCCUGACUUCCUGGAUGAAAACCCGGGGUGUCACUGGAAGACCUCCAUGUAUGAGAACCGGUGGGUUGCAGGAACCACGGCUGGAGGCUGCAUUAACAACAGAGAGACUUUCUGGACCAAUCCCCAGUAUCGCAUCAAAGUUUAUGGAAAACCUAAUUCUAGUCAAAGCAAAAACACCCUAGUGUCCCUCAUGCAGAAGCCUGACAAGAGGAACCGGAGAAUGGUGAAAAACCUUUUCAUUGGGUUCACCAUCUAUGAGGUGUCAGAAAAAGAUGAGACUACGUCUGGGAAGUUCCCGGCAUCGUUCUUCAGCAGAAAAACACCCGUUGCCCAAACUAAAACCUUCACUAAUGCUCGUGAAGUGAUGGAGUUCCUCAACCUGAAGCCUGGAGAAUACCUCAUCGUGCCGUCCACCUUACACCCCAACGAGACGGCCUCCUUCCUCCUGACCAUCUUCUCCCGGGAGGAGACCCAGUGCUAUGAAAACUCUGGACGAAGUUUUAACGAUCCGGUUGAAAAGGUGAAGAAAGAGAAGAGCGGACAGAACAUUGAAUGUAAAAAACAGAUCUCCCGUCAGUACUCAGACAAGUAUGAAGAAGUUGAUGCUGACCAGCUCCAGAGUCUUCUGAAUGAGAAUAUUCUGAAAGGUGACCUGAGAUCAGGAGGCUUCAGCAUUGAUGCGUGUCGCAGCAUGGUUGCUCUGAUGGAUACGUCUGUAACAGGGAAGCUGAACAAUCAGGAAUUUGUGCAUCUGUGGAACAAGAUUAUGAAAUAUAAGGAAGUUUUCUCCAAAAUGGAUGUGUCACAAACAGGAUCUCUGUCUCUGGUGGAACUGAGGAAUGCGAUAAAGGCUUCAGGUAUGAGUGUCAGCGACGACUUGCUCAACCUGAUGGCGGUGCGUUACGGCGCCACCUCUGGACACAUGAGCCUGGAGAACUUCAUCAGUCUCAUCCUUCGGCUGAACUGCAUGAACAAAGUCUUUGAAACGCUGUCUGAUGGAAAAACUUUGAGGUUUUCCAAGUUGGAGUGGAUGUCCCUCUCCAUGUACAACUGAGCCAUCAGGGAGGAGGUCCACACGCCACCUGGGAUCUCAGGAGAGAAGAUCUGCAGAAAACAUUCCUGUCCACUCGGCAAAUUCAGGAUAGAUGAGCCAAACUUCCUGCAUGGCACCAAAUACUGAAGGGGGGGGGGGGUGCUACACUGU